GCUGCUUCGAAGUUCUAGUGACGGUUCGUUGCGUUUAGUUUCAUCGUUGAGCAGCUGGAGAGCUCACUAACAUCCGGUGCUGUUUAAACCGCAAAAACUGUGCUAAAUUUUAGCGUACGUCUAGUUGUCUUUGUGAAGUUUGGAGCUGAAGUUAACGUUAGUGUUGAGACGAAAAGAAAGAGAAAAUGGAUUCCCAGGUCUCGGAAAAGGAGACGAUUUCUGUUGUGAUUAAAACGCCGAAUCAAGUUCAUGGCGACCAGACAAUCGAAGGUGUGAACAUCAACUGGACGGUGAAGGACUUAAAAACUCAUCUGGCGAGCUUUUAUCCGUCGAAACCGGCUGUAAAGGACCAGAGGCUAAUCUACUCAGGCAAACUGCUCACAGACAACCUGCACAUCAGAGAUGUGUUUAGGAAGACAGACGAAGUUCCCACUCUUCACCUUGUGUGUGCGAUUAAACCUCAGCCUGACUUUCCGCAAGGAGCCAGACCAAAGGUCAAACCAGCAGAGCUACAGCCGUCACCAGCCACCGCCUCUCCAGCACCAUCUGCGCCUACUGUGUCUUCUACUGCCGGUCUCAGACAGCGCGGUCACCCUGCCCCUGCUGUGCCCACUGCUGCAUGGCCUGCCACAGGCGCUGGCACGAGCACAUCAGCGCCAAGACCAGCAGAAGUGACCAAUCCAGCUUUUCCUACAUACUCGCUUUACAGCCCACAGCAACUCCUUUGGCUGCAGCACAUGUAUGCUCGACAGUACUAUAUGCAAUACCAAGCAGCUAUAGCGGCCGCUGCCUCUGCUCCCAUGACACCUCCUACUUCACUACCUGUGACGGCGCAACAACCCGCUGUACCCGCCGGACUACCUAACCAGGCCCCCAUUGACAACUUGCCAGCCAAUCAGAAUGUCCCAGACCCUGCAUUUAUCAACCCAGAUGGAGCCAAUCAGAACAUUCGCAUGAAUGCUCAGGGCGGACCAGUGAUGGAGGAUGACGAGGAUGUGGAAAGAGAUUGGCUGGAUUGGGUUUACACUGCCUCUCGCUUUGCUGUGUUCCUGAGCAUAGUUUAUUUCUAUUCCAACCUGAGUCGCUUCAUCCUAGUGAUGAGCAGCCUGCUCCUCAUGUACCUGCACACCGCAGGCUGGUUCCCGUUCAGACAAAGAGCUCAGGCUCGGCCUCCAAACCAUCCUGCACCAGAGGUCAUUCAGAACCAGCAGAAUCAGAACCAGCAGAAUCAAAACCAGGACAGACCAGAGCCAGUGGACAGACAAGAGCCAGUGGACAGACAAGAGCCGGUUGAAAGACAAGAGCCAGUGGACAGACAAGAGCCGAUUGUGCCCCCUGCUGAAUUGGAGGAUGCUGAGACAGAUGGGGAAGCUGAUGUUUCACCUCCAGUGUCUACAGUUCCUGUGUCCCCUGUUCGACCCCCCAUGUUUUGGACAGCCUGGGUUUUCUUCAAAGCUUUCUUUGCCUCUUUGAUCCCUGAGGCUCCUCAAGCUAUGGCUAACUGAGUCCAGCAAAAAAAUGGUCAGACUGGUAAACUUAAAAAGUAGCACCAACCAUGAAGGAGAACUCUGCAUCCUCUUAGCCAAUUUGUUCCAGGACUUUUUUGGCAAACAUGUGGCAUGUGAUUCCAGGAUUAGAUUGGGGUUUGACAAUUCAGCACGUUAUGGAUGUUUGGCGGUAUGACCAAAAACCUCAUCACUUCCUUUAGCCAAAUAGUGUGUGUGUGUGCGCGUGCGUGUGUACAUAGUGUAAAUAAGUGCUCAACUUGUAAAUGUUUCUCUACAGUUUCUGCACAGCACUUUACAUAUUCCCCCUGCCAGCAAUGAUCUGUCACCUGACCACCUUGCACAGUGCUUGUGUCAUCAGGGCUUAAUUUUUCUGGAAUAAUCCAGAGAUUUAAACCAUGCGUUGAACAUUUCUUAUCUCAUCAAACAUUACUGACUUUUAAACUGGCUAUGAAUAGAUUCCUUGUGUAAUUAAAAUGCCUUUUAUAAGGGCUUGUGCUUGGCACUUUGAAAUUAUGACAAUGUUUAGUUAUACUGGUUUAAGUAUUCAGGUUUAUCUUACACUUCUGUACGAUUAUGUAUGAUGCUCUGUGUUAAAAGAAUAUUCAUAAACGAUAUCAGUCAUAUGGAUAAAAUAUUAACAACCCAGGAAAUGGGUUUGUUUUGCGACUUCUGUAACGAAGUAGGACAAACCUCAGUUUGAAUCCUGCAUGAUUAAGUAGCUCUUAUUUAAACCUUUUGUACAUCGGCAUGUAAAAGAUGAACAGGCCCCUGAAAGCAAUCAAGUAUCAUCUCUUUAAUAAAAUAAUUAAUAAAUUUGAAUAAUAAAAAUCUUUGAUCUGGUAUUUAGCAGUUCUUGCUCUUUUAAUUUUUUUUUAAAGAAUCAGCUUUGCUAAUGCUAUUAAAACAUGCUGUAAAACAUUGUAUAAGGAAAUGAAAUAAAUUCCUUUAAAUGAAA